ACAAUAUAAAUUAGAAGGUAGGGGCAUACCAUCUCCUACUUGAUAUCAACUUCAGAUUCAACAACUUGUCUAAAACUUCAAUUUCUCUCAAAUCCACUCUCACUCUUGCUGUCAUCCAAACCUAGCUAGCUCUCUACUUUCUCCGAUUAGGGUCUUUUUCAUCUCCUUGAAAAAGGUUAUUUUCUAGUUGUUUGAGUGGUUGUGUCAUGGCACCAUUUAGAGAGAUUCUUGUUGGUUUUAACACUAAGAGCAACAUUGUCCAGAAGCCCUCAAAACUGUCAAUGGAAAAUCUCCAAAGAACCAUAUCUGAUAUCUCAUUAGAACUAAGCAAAGAAGCCAAUGAAGCAAAAAUACUACCACCAAUUUCUGAGGUUGAGGAUGCCAAGUGUGAGUGCUGUGGCAUGUGUGAAGAGUGCACGCCGGAGUACAUAAACCGUGUCCGCGACAAGUUUUCCGGAAAGUUGAUAUGUGGGCUGUGUGCUGAGGCAGUGAAGGAGGAGAUGGAGAAGAAUGGAGGGAAGAGAGAAGAAGCUUUGAGUGAGCACAUGAGUGAAUGUGUGAAGUUCAGUAGGUUUGGUAGGACAUACCCUGUGUUGUACCAAGCCGAGGCCAUGAGAGAACUACUGAAGAAAAGCACAAGGUUAAAUGGAGGUAGGGCUAAGUCUGUUAGCCCUAGAGAUAGGGGUGGACCAAAUAAGGGUGGCAUAGCAAGGAGCUCGAGUUGCAUUCCGGCGAUCACGAGGGAGAUCAAGGACCUGAAAAUGUUAACGGAAUAAUAUUGAAUACUGGGUACCUAUUAUGUAGUAUUCUCGGCCAAUAAAUAUUUACUAUUUUCUUAAUUAUGGAAAAUAAAAACUAACUAUCGGGUCGAUGUACUACAUUGUUGAUACCCAUGGUACCGAAUACUUUCUCGUUGUUAAUAUGGUCUUUCCAUCUCAGGCAUUUCAGCUGCUCUCUAGUUUAUGCCUUUAUGCUAUAGCUUCUUGUAAAUUAUAGUAUUGUUAGCAUAAAACUAGGGAUAAUUUUGGCAAUUUGAUCUUCUCUCUCUGAGUUUUGACGACUGCUAAGAUAUAUAACUGAUUUACCAGUAUUUUCUCGUUGAACAUCAAGGGUUUUCAUUUUGAAAAAGAUACUCGAUCUCUUGUCGCAUGUAUUACUCAUAAAAUUGUAACCUCUGUUUCUCAAUUAUUUUUUUUUGGUUAAAAGGUAAGCUUUUAUAAAGAAAAAAUUAAUGUACAAUGUAGUAGCCCACUAUAGGGCAGCAAACAAUUACAAGGCCAGUGCCAAGGCCGAACCCAGAAGACAUAGCAGCCACCUAACGGAGGUCAUGAGAAUGCACUUGCACACCAUGUAUGAUUUCCUGCAAGAAUAAUUGUAGCAAGUCUUCCUGCUCAGUCAUAAGUCUCAGCUGAGCACCACUCCUUAACUUUAGUGAUGAGAGCUUAGCUAUGUUUCUCAAUUAUUGUUUGUAAAUAUCUUCAUGUCUGGUUUCUCUAGUAGGAUUUACAAUUACUUGCUUCCAGUAUUAGGAUUGUUUCAAGUCUUGGUGUGUGAGUGUAUUCUUGCCAUUAAAAAAAAAAUAAAAAAAAUUAUAUACUAAUUAAACAACUCUUGGAAAUUUGUUAGUUGAUAGAUGUAUAGUGCAUCCCUCGUGUGGUCCUAAAUUCAUAAUUCCCAUUGUAACUAUUGAGGUC